UUUAGUGAAAUGACAGCUGUUUGUUUACUUCAAAUUUUAUGCAGGUGCUCAUAUAAACAUUGAAAUUUGUACAACUUAAAAUAAAUAAAAAACCAAUUUAACCCAAUAAGUUUGUUGAAAAUUAAAGUAGAAAAUGGUUUGCGCACUGGGUAUUGAAGGAAGUGCAAAUAAAAUUGGCGUGGGCAUAAUACGUGAUGGAGAAGUUUUAGCCAAUGUGCGGCGUACCUAUGUGACACCGCCGGGCGAAGGAUUUUUACCCAAGGAAACCGCCGCGCACCAUAGAGAUUUCAUUCAUCAACUUAUAAAACAAGCACUGAAAGAAUCACAACUUCAACCAAAAGACUUAGAUGUCAUAUGUUAUACUAAGGGUCCCGGCAUGGCGCCUCCACUUUUAAUUGGUGCUAUAGUAGCUCGAACACUAUCUUUAUUGUGGGAAAUACCACUUUUGGGAGUAAACCAUUGUAUUGGUCACAUAGAAAUGGGACGUCUAAUAACAGGCGCCGUGAAUCCGAUUGUGCUCUAUGUGAGUGGAGGCAAUACACAAGUGAUUGCAUAUUCUAAUAAACGUUAUCGUAUUUUUGGUGAAACGAUAGAUAUUGCCGUUGGCAAUUGCCUCGACAGAUUUGCGCGUAUUAUUAAACUAUCUAAUGAUCCAAGUCCGGGUUAUAAUAUCGAACAGUUAGCUAAGUGUGGAAAGAAUUAUAUCAAACUUCCAUACGUUGUCAAAGGCAUGGAUGUAAGUUUCUCAGGCAUUCUCUCACACAUUGAAGACCUAGCCGAUCCUAGCAAAAGGCGCAAUAAACGUAAAAAGGCAGAAAUAACUGUCGAAGAGCCAGAGUAUACGAAGGAGGAUCUUUGCUAUUCAUUACAAGAAACUAUUUUUGCAAUGCUGGUGGAAAUUACGGAACGCGCAAUGGCACACUGCGAAUCGAAUGAGGUGCUGAUCGUGGGCGGCGUGGGAUGUAAUGAGCGUCUGCAAGAAAUGAUGCGCAUUAUGUGUGAGGAGCGCGGUGGAAAGUUAUUCGCUAUUGACGAGCGUUAUUGUAUUGAUAAUGGACUAAUGAUUGCACAUGCGGGCGCUGAAAUGUUUCGUUCUGGCACCCGUAUGUCUUUCGAAGAUUCGUUUGUUACGCAACGUUAUCGCACAGAUGAAGUGCUGGUUACUUGGCGUGAUGAUUAACAUAAAUGUUAUGUUAUAUACAUAUAUGCAGUUUUUAAAAGUGACAAAACAAAAUUUUAAUAAAUUCGUUGAACAUAAAUUUUCCGAAAAAUAAUUAUUUUUGUUUACAAUUUAAUAAGACACUAACUUUGUUAACAUUGCUACAUUGUAGAAUUGUAAUACAACAUAAAGUUUAAUUUUAUUCA